AUCUAUAAGAGAAAUCUCGCAACACACGAAUUCUUGAAAACACACGCCUAAGCCUAAGCAGAAGGAAAAAAAGAAGCAAAAUGGCCUGUUCUGGCUCUUCCAUUCUGUUAUUUUUUGUUUUUCUAUUUUUACAUCCUUCAUUGCUACUCUCACUUCCAGUUCAGGAUAGCUUUCUGCAGUGUCUCUCAAAAAAUUCUGAACUCUCCUUUCCCUUUUCCACCAUCGUGUACACUCCAAAAAACUCUUCAUACACUACUAUUCUGCAAUCUUCUGCUCAAAACCCCAGAUUCACAAGGCCUUCGUUACCAAAACCAGAGUUUAUAGUCACUCCAUUACAGGAAUCUCACAUCCAAGCUGCUGUUAUUUGCUCAAAGCAGCUUGGAAUUCAUCUUAGAGUCCUUAGUGGAGGCCAUGACUAUGAGGGACUCUCUUAUGUAUCUGAAAUUGAAAAACCAUUCAUUGUUGUAAACCUUGCCAAACUUCGAUCCAUUAGCGUCGAUAUCGAUGAUAACAGCGCAUGGGUUCAAGCGGGGGCUACAAAUGGUGAACUCUACUAUAGAAUUGCUGAGAAAAGCAAAACUCGUGGCUUCCCGGCUGGUCUUGCCACCACUCUUGGUAUUGGUGGGCACAUCACAGGUGGUGCUUAUGGCUCUAUGUUGAGGAAAUAUGGCCUUGCAGUAGACAAUGUGAUCGACGCUCGCAUAGUUGAUGUUCAUGGAAGGGUUCUUGACAGGAAAGCCAUGGGGAAAGAUCUUUUCUGGGCAAUCAGAGGAGGUGGAGGAGGCAGCUUUGGAAUCAAUUCUGCCUGGAAAGUAAAAUUGGUUCCAGUUCCAUCAACUGUGACAGUUUUUCAGAUUACUAAGACCCUGGAACAAGGUGCUAUUAAAAUCCUUAAUAGAUGGCAACAAGUUGCUGAUAAACUUGACGAGGAUCUCUUCAUCAGAGUCUACUUACAAUUGGCUGGUGCUGGUAACGGAGGAAAAAAAACUGUAUCAACCACUUACAUUUCCUUGUUUCUUGGUGAUGCCAGAAGACUCCUCCAAGUAAUGCAAGACAGCUUCCCUGAAUUGGGUUUGACAAGACAGGAUUGUAUUGAAACAAGCUGGAUCAACUCUGUGCUGCAUUUGGCUGGUUACUCCAACGACACAGCACCAUAGUUUUUACUUGAACGGAAGAAUAUAUAUUCAAACUACUUCAAAGCCAAGUCAGACUUUGCGAAACAGCCAAUUCCUGAAACCACACUUGAGGAAUUAUGUAAAAUGUUAUUGGAACAAGAGAUUCCUCAAAUAGCAUUGACUCCUUACGGAGGAAUGAUGAGCAAAAUCUCAGAAAAACAGACUCCUUUUCCUCAUAGGAAGGGCAACCUGUUCAUGAUCCACUACAUGACCAUCUGGACAAGCCCUUCAGAUAAUGCUGCAAAGCAUCUAGAUUGGGUUAGGAAGGUUUAUGAGUACAUGACCCCAUAUGUUCAACCAAGGACUGCAUAUGUCAAUUAUAGGGACCUUGAUGUGGGCAUGAACAAGAAGACUAACACAAGCCUUAAAGAAGCAAGUGUUUGGGGUUCCAAAUACUUCAAGGAUAACUUCUACAGAUUGGCAUUUGUAAUGUUAUUUGUAUUUUAUAUUAACUCUAUAAUUAUUUUUAGAGAUUGA